UGCGCAUUACCUCCUCAUCUCAAUCCACCCUGUAUCCUGUUACACGUCUAGUGAGCUAACGGGCUGGCACAUAUGGUCAUCGCCUUGGUUGAGGUGUUUUCUGUACCUCCCUUUGUUUACCUCGGCUCCUCCGAUAUGCGGUUAAAAGGGUCUGUCUGACCAAGGACGUUAACAUUUCUGCCCUCGUGCUCCACUCACCUUUAUGAGAAUUCAGAAGAAUGAUUGCAUCUCUGUCUAAAGGAAAUCUCCUUGACGUGCUCCAGGAGGGUCCAAAUGAGCAACAACUGGCUGCCUAUGUGUCUUGGGUUAAUGCACAGCUGAGGAAGAAGCCAGGGCUGAAACCUGUGAGUGAUCUACGGCAGGAUCUCAGAGAUGGCGUAGUCCUUGCACACCUCAUUGAUAUAGUGGCUGGUGAGCUGCUCGAUGGCAUUCAUUAUGUGCCACAGGACGACCUGGAGAAGAAGCAGAAUGUGGAAAAGGUUCUGCAGUUUGUGUCAUCCAAACGGAUCCGAAUGCCACAAACCUCUGCCAGGGACAUUGUGGAGGGGAACCUCAAAUCUGCCAUGAGGCUCAUUCUCGCCCUGGCUGCACAUUUUAAACCCUCUGCAUCUGCCAAUCAAAGAGCGGGGGCUGUAAGCAGGAGUUCCACUGGCUCCUCAGCCAAUCACAGACCACAUUCCACCAUGGCAAUGGCCCAGAAUGCAGCAGCAGCACUGGCAGCAGCCAGACAGGAUGCCUCUCGCCCAGGCCGCUCUGUUUUUCACCUAAGACAAGAAUGGAGCAGUCGUGGUUGUAGUGCUGAUGAGGACGUGGAGAACUCCUGCUUAAGUGUCCGAGCAUUGGUCCAACAGUAUGAAGGGCAAAAAGGAACAUUUGAGGAGACUGGAGCAAGAUCCACAAGUUCACCAAGCCCAACUGACACUCCUAAAGACUCCAUCUAUCUGUCAGAGGGGAAGGCAGGGUUUCUGGACAGCCUAUCCAGUGAGAAAACCAAUAAAUCAGAGGAUGCAGUUAAAUCGGCCCUCUGUGAACAAGCAGUUAUUCUGGGACAUGGUCUAGGGGGCUGCACUUGGGAGGACAAAUUAUGUGAGCAUCAAGAGCAGCUGGAGCGGGAGAUGCAGGAUGCACGGAAAAUGGUGUCCAGCCUACAGGCUCUUCUUCUCCACGGUUCAUUACCUGAGGAUGAGCAGGAGGUGUCGCUCAUUCUGGGUGAGGGAGUGGAAAAUGCUGAGCAGCAAUUGGUUAUAAUCCGAAGUCGUCUGGACCAGAGCAUGGAGGAGAGUCAGGAUUUGAAGAGGGAGCUGUUGAGGUUCAAACAGGAGGCACGUAACCUGCAAGGAGUCAAAGAUGCUCUUCAGCAGCGUAUGGCUGUACAGGAAGCCUCAGUUUUGCAGCUUAAACAAGAACUCCUGCGCUCCAACAUGACCAAAGACGAAAUGGCGGGACAGAAUGCUGAGCUACAGAGAAAGCUGGAGGAGAGGAACAAACUUCUCAGUGAAUAUAAGAAAGAGUUGAGCCAGAAGGAUCGACUUCUACAACAACAACAGCUGAAGCUGGAAGAGUCACUACGUAAGCUGACCGAUAGCAGCAGUCAGCAGGUUUGCCUGCAGAGGGAGCUAGAGCACAAGGAGACUAUUCUCAAAGAACUAAUGAACCAUGAGAUGGAUGAGCAUCCUUGCUCACAAAAUAACGGCUUCUCACAUCCACAAGUCACAACAUCCAAAACGCACCAUGGGGCUGAGGAGCUGCAGUUAGUAAGAGAUGCUCUGCGCAGUCUGAGGAACAGCUUUGGAGGUCACGACCCCCAGCAUCACACUCUGGACACCUUAGAGCAAGGUGUGGCCAGCCUGAUGGAUCGACUUUAUGACCUGGAAACAUGCCACAAACAGGAGCGGAGGACUAGAGGCAAAUCAUCAGGACACAAAGCCACUCAUUCAGAUAAAGACUCCUGGCCUCCUACUUCAAAAAUGGCUCAUUCUCAUAGCAGUCCUGCACUAAGCUCCUCAGCAUGCACCAAAGUCCUGUACUUUACUGACCGCUCCCUCACUCCAUUCAUGAUCAACAUCCCCAAGAGGCUGGGGGAGGUCACCCUGCAAGACUUCAAGGCAGCCAUAGAUCGUGAAGGCAAUUAUAGAUACCAUUUUAAAGCACUGGAUCCAGAGUUCGGCACUGUGAAAGAAGAGGUGUUCCAGGAUGAUGCAGUGGUGCCUGGCUGGGAGGGGAAGAUUGUGGCCUGGAUAGAGGAGGACCAUGGACAAAGAGGGUACAGCAUGAAUAGCAUGAAAACUAAAGAAAUGUAUCAAUGCUGAUUGUCAGUUUCUCACCGUCAAUAACUUGCAUACUCUUUCUUUUCUCCACAGGACCUAACAUUCAUGCGCAAGAAUCUGUGAACAUAGGAAAUAGAGACAUCUGUGCCAAAAAUGCCAAGAUGAAUUAACAUCAAUUUGUAACAUAAUUGUUACCUCUCUUCUGUGCCCUACAGAGUUUUUUCAAUGUCCUUUACCCUGCAUGAGCUGAACAACUGAAUGAACCAGAGUGCUUCCCAAAAGGACUUUGAGGAUCACCAUGAGGGUGACCAAAUGGAGAACAUCAGAGAUUUUCACAAGGGAUUUCAGAGGUCUUGCCAUUUUCAUUCUUGGCAAAUACUCAAGGAACAUUUGUGUUACAACUGUUUACAGUGGCACAUGGAGGCUUUUGUUUGUUACUGUAAUGACAAGCUGGAUUUCACAAUUCACAUACUUUAAAGUAGAUCCUGCCAGUGCAUUUCACUAGACUACUGUCUUAACCAAAAUAAUUUUGCUGUGAAGUUAAUGUAAACAGUCAGAUUACUUGUGUGAGUAUUGCCAUUUAUGAAUGUUAAGGCAGAAAAGCAGUAAAAAAAAAAAAUGGACCAAAGUAUUUGCCUUUUUUUAUGAACAAUUGUACAAGAUCGUUCAAUGUGUCUUUCUUAUUUGCUUUUUGUUAGUAAGAAUCAAACAACAAAUUAAGAUUGGCAUAAUCGUAUGCAUAAUUGUGAGAUUACAGUUCAAGAUCUUGAUUAGUAAAACAGAUGACUAAGAACGGUAAAGCUACAUAGUACAUUUCUAGCAGCACAGCUAAAUUGCAAGAAAGUGACCUUUGAUUGCCGUUGCACAUUUUCGAAUGUAAUUUUAUAUAACCAUCAAAUGUGCUGUUAGGCUACACUGAUUUGAGUAUCACUGGAGUUUACAGGAGAGUGCCUGGACAGAGAGGGAUCACAGGAUUUUUGUUCUGUUUUAUAUUUAUGUAAAUAUGUUAAUAUGUCAGAGGCAGAGAGGCAUAGUGCCUUUAUACUGUAUUAUGUUCUAUAAAUAAGUAAAAAUGUUUUAAAAAUAUGGAAUGUCCCCUUUGUACCUGUAAAAAAGGCACAAUCACUCUUCACAGAGGCCUCAAGCUAGCUGGAACCUUGUUCACUCAUGAUGAUGCCAUUACUGAAAUUCUGCUUUUACCUUCUUCAAUAUUGCAGGACUUUGCAGUGUUCGUUGAUAGAGGAUUGUUAUCUGCUUUGCCAAUAAACAUUUGCA